AGCAGCGGCAGUUCAGCGUUUAUCCGCAGCCUGUGUCAGGGUUUCUCUGCGGGUGAGAGGCGGUACAAUCCUCAGCAGUGUUCUGAGACUGUACGGCCACGAUCCCUUCAGCCAACCAAGCCAGCCAGCCCAGCCAGCCAGCUUGUAUGGACUAACCCACAGCUUUUAUGACAUGAUCUGUCAAAGGGCUGCUUCCGACCUGCGCACGUCCAUGUGAAACCUGCACACGUUACUUAGCCCAUUUUGACCCUUAAAGUUGGACUUAACAUAGACUCUCGGGGAAUUACAACACAAAAAAACAAGAAAUCAUGACUGCCGAUAAAGAGAAAAAGAGGAGCAGCUCAGAGCGGCGUAAGGAGAAGUCCCGGGACGCCGCGCGCUGCCGGCGCAGCAAGGAGACGGAGGUUUUCUACGAGCUGGCGCACCAGCUGCCUUUACCCCACAGCACCAGCUCCCACCUGGACAAGGCCUCCAUCAUGAGGCUGGCCAUCAGCUUCCUGCGCACGCGCAAGGUGCUCACCUCAGGCUGUUGCAGCAGCAGCAGCAGCAGCGGUGGUAGUAACAGUGCAGAGGACGCACAGAUGGACAGCCAGUACCUGAAGUCCCUGGAGGGCUUCAUCACCCUGGUAACGUCCGACGGCGACAUGAUAUUCCUGUCCGAGAACAUCAACAAAUUCAUGGGGCUCACGCAGGUGGACCUCACUGGUCAGAGCAUCUUUGACUUCACCCAUCCGUGCGACCACGAGGAGAUCAGAGAAAACCUCAGCCUGAAGACAUCUGGCAGUGGCUCCGCUAAAAAAGGCAAAGAGCUGAGCACUGAGCGAGAUUUCUUCAUGAGGAUGAAAUGCACGGUGACCAACAGAGGACGUACCGUCAACCUCAAGUCAGCCAGCUGGAAGGUGUUGCACUGCACCGGACACCUGAAGAUGUACAACAGCUGCCCUCCCCGAGUGCUGUGUGGCUACAAAGAGCCGCCGCUCACCUGCGCUGUCCUGAUGUGCGAACCCAUCGCACACCCGUCCAACAUCGACACGCCGCUGGACAGCAAGACCUUCCUGAGCCGACACAGCAUGGACAUGAAGUUCACCUACUGCGACGAGAGGGUAACAGGGUUGAUGGGUUACACUCCCGAGGAUCUGCUGGGUCGUUCAGUCUACGACUUUUACCACGCCCUGGACUCGGACGGCGUCACCAAGAGCCACCACAACUUGUGUUCCAAGGGUCAGGCAGUGAGCGGUCAGUAUCGCAUGCUGGCUAAGACCGGAGGCUACGUCUGGGUAGAAACCCAGGGAACUGUUAUUUAUAACAGCCGCAACUCCCAGCCCCAGUGCAUCGUGUGCAUAAACUACGUCCUCAGUGACAUCGAGGAGAAGUCGAUGGUUUUCUCCCUGAAGCAGACCGAGACCCUGUUCAAGCCGCACCACAUGAACAGCUUCUUCACUGCCGGAGGUGCAGGCGUGACCGGAGAGCCGGGAGAAGCCCUCUUCACCAAACUCAAGGAGGAGCCGGAGGACCUCGCCCAGCUGGCCCCGACACCCGGAGACACAAUCAUCAGCCUGGACUUCGAUCGCCCUCCGUUCGAGGAGCCCCAACAGCCUGCAGGAUACACCCAGAUGUCUGCCACAGCUAUGCCCCCUCCUGGACCUCCAUCCUGGGCCAGCGAGAACCACAAGCCUGCCCCUCCGGCACCAGUUCCAAGGGACAUGGCUACCAUGGCGGGUAAACUCAUCAUGCAGGAGAAUCCGCCGCCGGGCAGCGCCACGCCGAGCCUCAGCAGCUGCUCCACGCCCAGCAGCCCAGGUGAUUACUACAGCCCAGUGGAGAGCGAUCUGAAGGUGGAGCUGACUGAGAAGCUCUUUGCUCUGGACACUGAAGGCAACAACAGUCCUGCAGACACCGAGAGGGACUUGAGUGACUUAGACCUGGAGACUCUGGCUCCCUACAUCCCGAUGGAUGGCGAGGACUUCGAGCUGAAUCCCAUCAUCCCAGAGUCGGAUCCCCUGGAGGGGGGUCCAGCAGGAUCCGUGGGGAGCAAGGGCAGCCAGGCCAGCCGGCAGAGCUUCAGCCACAUCGCCAGCCUCUUCCAGCCACUAGCCUCCCCUCCUCCGCCCCAGGGCCACUUCCAGCACCAGGCGGCUGCGUCCUGGGCCGCGGGCGAGAAGAGAGGCUCCCGCCAUGGGACCGUGGACUCGCGUGCAGGGUUUUGCGUGAUGGGGCACAUGCAGAAUCCCCCGUACCAGGCUCCAGCCAGCACCCCUCUGUCCUCCAUGGGGGGCAGGCAGAAUCUGCAGUGGCCUCCGGACCCUCUGUUAACCUACCAGCAACCACAACGCGCUACCAAGACCUACCUGAUGGACACUUUUUCAGGAGAGGAGCGCCCAUCCUGCCAACAGAACAUGCCACACCUCAUGCAGAAACAGAGGUCCAUUGACAAUUUCGUACAAGCCUACAGAGACAUGAGUCCAGCCAGAGUGGCCAUGGCCAACAGUAUCAAGCGCUCCUUCACUCAGAUGGCUCUCGGUGAAAGUACGCCGUCAGAAAUCAUAUGGAAGAAGAUGAGGGGUGACGGUUGUGCCGCCAUGGAUCGCUCCCUCAGCGCAGGAUCUCUGGCAGCGUCCGAGAUGGGGAGGACGAUGCCAGGCAGCAUGGCUUCAUGUCUCAGCUCUCUGCAGCAACACAGGAAGUCGCAGAAUCCAGGGAACUGGAUAGGUGGUGCAAAUGACAAACCCUUUCCCAGAAAGAGCUGCAGCUACACCUAUAACAUGCUGCCUUCCAACAAGACGGAGGGUAUUGCGAGUCGUUUGGUCGGCUCUUCUUUUGACUCCUCCUGUCUGCCAGAGUUGACCGGUUACGACUGCGAGGUCAACGUCCCGCUGCAGGGCAACCUGCACCUCCUCCAGGGCUGUGACCUGCUGAGAGCCCUGGACCAGGCCUCUUAGAGCCCCAGAUUUAAAAUCCGCCAUAGACCUAGACUUAAAUCCCCAGCCCGAGACUUAAGCCUGUCUUUACCUUCGUAACCUCGGGGCCGUCUGAGAGCCCUGAGGCUGAGCUACCUAUAAGGAAUGGUUUUCAUAAUCCCAUUCCGCCUUAUUUUAGUUUCCAAGGCUCGGCCCCACUAUCUGUUCCCUGUCCUGUUAUAGUUCUGUACCUAGACCUAUCUAAACAAAGCGAGAUAUCAGGGUCAAGCCACUCGCAACCAUUUUUUUCCCCCCUUAGCUCUCGACUCAAAAUCAGAUGCAGGUUGAACACCAGUAUACAAAAGUUGCCCUGCAUUGAGACAACCACAUAGACGACCCACACAAAUCACGGGCCACUUAAAUAAAAUGGUCAAUGUGGGACAAUUAACUAACAGAGCCAAAAUAAUGCAACCACUCUGUCUGACCUGUGUCAAACAGUCUGGACACCGGGAUUUAUCACUGGUUAUCGGGUUUGGUGUAGACGUCUCUCUGUGUUC